UGACCAAAUUUGAACUAGCUUCAUUGCAGUCAGGUGCUGGGUUUCCACUAGAUUGUACGCCACAAAUUCAAAAUAGUCCAUCUGAGCGCAAAAUGGCUACAACUUGUUAUAAUGCGUUUCAGUCAGAAACAACAUCGAUUAUGGCCGUUGUCGUUGACACGACAAUGACAGAAAUUAGCCGAUUUCUGCCCACCGUGCCAAACUCUUACCCUAACGUUAGCAAUCCGGAGAGAGAGCUUUGCAAAAUUAUGAAUCUUGUAACAGGGGAGGCUAUUAGGAAAAUCUGCCAACUAUUCCUAGUGGCCUCCUCAAGUUUACAUAAUGAGAACGAUAAACUGAAGACCAAGGUGGAGCAGAUGGAUGAAGUUCUGAAAACCAAGGUGGAGCAGAUGGAUGAAGUUCUGAAAACCAAGGUGGAGCAGAUGAAUGAAGAUAUGAAAACCAAGGUGGAGCAGAUGAAUGAAGAUAUGAAGGCAUUGACUGAGAAGGCUGAACAUUAUAGAGCAUCACUGGCUAAAAUGCAGACACAAGCAGAACCGAAAGGACCCACGCAUAUUCUGCUUAAUGGAAUGAUUUUUGCAAUACCACCAGUUGGUCUCCCAAUAUUGUCUGGAAUGACAGCGGCUUCAACAUUGCCAGGGAAUGUCAGUCAAGCAAACCCAGUCACUAACGCCAUGUCAGUCUCUGCAGGUCCUGCAAAGGUUUGCAGCAAACCCACAGAGAUGUCUUCAUUGGAGAAUGACUCCUCUCUGGGAGACACAGAUGGACUGAAUACAGACCCCUCCCCAAGAGACACUGAAUCCAACGUUGAGCAUAUGAGAGCUGCUCUGCCAGGGAGCAACGAGAGAGACGGCCAUGAAAGCCAGAAAAACAGCAAUACUACUAAAAGGAUGCGAUCCAAAGAAACCAAAUGCUUCAAGUGUGAUGUUUGUGAGAAGACCUUCAGCCGGAAGAACCUACUGGUACAACACAAGCUAACUCACACAAGACCCUUCAAGUGUGAUGUUUGUGAAAAGACCUUCAGCAGGAAGGGGUCACUGGAAGCUCACAAGCUAAUUCACACACUGGUACAUCAGAUGCUAAUUCACACAGGAGAGAGGCCAUUCGCUUGUGGUCAAUGUGGCAAAACAUUCAGAAUGUCCAAGCAGCUCGAACAUCACAUGGUGCGUCACAGAGAAAAAACAUUCAGUUGCAAAGUCUGUGGAGAUGUUUUGUCUACCAAGAAAGAUCUGAAACGACAUCAGCUUGUUCAUGCAGUGGAGAGACCGUUCAAGUGCCUGACUUGUGACAAGGGUUUCACGUCAAGGAAACUGCUUAUUGAGCACGAGAGAAUCCACACCGGUGAAAAACCAUACACCUGUGCUGUGUGUGGAAAGAGUUACAGACAGCAUGGUGGCCUAAAUAUUCAUAUGCGACGACAUACAGGUGUACGUCCGCAUUCAUGUUCAGAGUGUGGUAAGGGUUUUAUGACAAGCAGCAGCCUCAAAAACCACAUGGUUGUUCAUACAGGGGAGAAGGCAUUUACAUGUGAGACAUGUGGAGCUGCUUUCGGCCAUAAAGGAAACCUUGUGAGACACCAAGUGCUUCACACAGGGGAGAGACCAUACAAAUGUGAAGUGUGUGGGAAAAGCUACCUUCAGUCCACCGACCUAAAAGCUCACAUGCACCGUCAUGGGGCAACCAAACCAUUUAUGUGUGACCUAUGUGGGAAGACUUUUAUGUACAAUUUUCAAAUGAGACGACACCAUCUAAAAUGGCACACAGCUGAAGGAGAGAAGCAGAGGGAACGACAGAGAAGAGAGAGAACGAGAAUCGCCAGGAGACCGGGAACCUCAACAAAGCCAUUCAGUUGUGACAUAUGUUUGAAUGGCUUCAGUUCCAUGCUAACUCUGAAAAACCAUCAACGAAGUCACACGGGACAAAAGCAAUACUCUUGUUCCAUUUGCGGAAAGAACUUUGCCUAUAAAAAUACUUUGGAUUAUCACAUGAGACUUCACAGUGGGGUGAAGCCCUACCCUUGUAAAUACUGUGAAAAGAAAUUUGUUCUUAGGCAAGCUCUAGAAGGACAUGAGCGAACCCAUACAGGUGAAAAGCCCUUCAAAUGCAGUUAUUGUGACAAGACUUUCUCAGUCAACACCAAUCUCAAAAGGCAUGAGCGAGUCCACACGGGAGAGAAGCCAUUCAAAUGUGACGUCUGCGGGAGAGGUUUCAGCCAAGCCAACAACGUCAAAGCCCACAUGCAAGUCCACACUGGAGUUAGGCCUUAUUAUUGUAAGAGAUGUGGAAAGGGCUUUUCUGACAUAAGACACUACAAAAACCAUAGCUGUAAUGGUGUGGCAGCAACACGUGAUCGGUCUCGUAAAUCUUCAGACCGCUCUUUCAGAAAUAAGAAAGGAGGUGAAGACAGCAGUGCUUGUCAUAAUGCUGCUGUGAUGUCGACUCAGUGAUAUAAUCUCUAUCAUUCACAGUGGGGCAACUUCCUGCUUUCAGACAUCAGGAACAACAUGGAUGUAUUCAGUAGGGUGAUAAGUUCUCGGGUGAGUUUCUGGAAAGCCUUGUAGAAAAUUAGAAAACGUUCUUUAGGAAAUGAGAUGAGUGCCUGCUGUAAUGCUUGGAGAUCUUGCUGUAAGUCUUAGGGUCAUUGUUCAUUAGCCCACAUUCUCAUGGACGUGUUUAUUUCUGACUGCUGAAUCAUUUACAAUGUUUUUUUCUUUCUAUUGUGUAAAUCAUUAAACACCUAAUUCAUGUGUAAAUA